AUGAUGCGACCGAGAGACCCGCGCGUCAGGCAGACGAUUAACCAGAUCUCACACAACCUCGAAUCCGCAAAUGAGUCUGCCCAAGAAGGCAUCUACGCAUUCUCCCACAACUACCUAUUCCCCUGCUUUACAGCGGUCGGCAAUUGUCUCUCCUCAUGCACAGCGCCCUGCUUCCCCGCCCGCGACGAUCACCACCACCACCGCCGUCGCCGCCGACACUAUGCAGACUUUGACUUUUACGACGACUGGGAUAAUGAAGAGGCAGACGACUCGAUUCUAGGAUGGGGCACCGACGAGUUAGACCGACUGUUAGCGGGAAGCGGGCUGGCGCGGGGAGGCGCUGAGCAGCCUCGCAGACAGCGGAAAAUGAGCUACGGCACCCGUCGCACGAGUAGGCGAAAAAGCGGCCUUUUGGUGCCAGACGAUCGCAAUGAUCCUACGGUGAUACCUAGCUCAUCGUUUUUGGGGUUCCUUGAGCGCUUCCCAUGGAGGAUUGGCGCGAGGGGGCUGAAGUAUAGACCGUCUGCUGCGGAUCUGCAGGAACAUCCGGGGGCGUUGAGGAGGCAUGCUUAUGAGGAAAGCCCGUUGAUCGAGUCGCCGGAGGAGUAUGGAGACCAGGCUCCUAAUGGCAACGGGAGGUAUCGGAGUUCGACGCAGUCGUCUCGCGAAACGUCCAAUUCGCUGAGCUCGCGCGGGGAUCUCAUCAUGAGUGAUGAGGAGGAUGAUGCGGUGCCUUUGGAUGAUGAAUUCGCUAUGGCAUUGACGAGACGAGAGACUGGGCUGGAGUCGGAUGACCAGAGAGGGGAUAACCCCAACAGUAUGAGGUCUGCUUCGGGGACGUUCAGCCUCUCAUCAAAGAGCUCGAAGAAGAAGAGGAGAAAGCGGUCUAGUCGAUUGCGAUCCCCUCAAAGCUUUCGCGACGACGUUGCUCACGAUAUGACAUCCGUCUCAAUUGAGGAUCUGAAGAAGGAAGAAGAGCAGGCUGAGCAUGAAGAGGAGAUGGAGAUUGUGCGAAAGCGGAUUGCCGCACGGCAAUUGGCCUUGAGUCGUGGUAUCCGUACGGAAAAUAUCAAGACCGCUUCUCUACCACACUCCCCGACUGUAUCUUCACCCCACGAACACUCUGCCACGGUACCUUCAGAAACAGGGGACGAACACAACUUCACAUUCUACCGUACCGGGAUCCCCAGACAAGACUCCAGCUCGCGGUUAUCGGAAAACGACUCGCGGACGGAACCGUUCCCACCUCUCCCCGAUUCACCAAUGCCUCCUGAGUUUGACGACCACGUUCAGCAUGCAGGUGCCCCCCUGACCCACGUCGAGCCCACGCCUGAAGCUGAGGACGACAUUCCUAGUUCCAAGGCUGGCAAUGACAGACCCCGAGACUAA